GCAGCAUUGGCAGUAGUAGUCCACAAUACAUCGGCAACCAUGUAGCGCUGAGAGCACAAAUAUCUUCUCCCGACUAACGAGAGCAUCACGUCCUCGUAUUCCGUCAUGUCGCCGUAAAGUAAGAGUGUGUCAAAAUGUGUUCGUGAGGAUAAGUGGACUCGCGGACGGGAAUUACAAGGCGAGGGAGUCGACAGUGAAACCGAAGUCGGUUAUAUAGAGGCGCUAUCUGCCCUCGCCUGGAGGUUCGCAGGGGGGCGGCGGGCUACUCUCGACUUAUUAGCCUACCUCGAGCUUUUCAGCUUACUAAAUGACUCCACCUGUCCAGCUAACCGCACCGUAGAGCCGAGAGCAGGGCAUGUACCGCUAACGGAUACCGGGGCCAGCUUGUGGUUCGCACCAGCCCCGUCCCUCCGCGUCACCGCCCCGUUUUUUCUCGCCCGUCGUAGCGCCAACAGCGCAGCCAGAGGGCUGACGAUACACCGUCGGGCAGGGACUAGUCGCCGGAACCCGCUGAAGCCAUGGGGAAUACGACCUCCUGCUGCGUGUCGUCGAGCCCCAAGCACCGGAGGAACAACCACUCCAGGCUGGAGACGUACCGCCCGGACCCGGAGCUGAGUCGCGAGGACACGGGCUGCAACCUCCAGCACAUCAGCGACAGAGAAAAUCUCGACGAUCUGCCCAUGGAAUAUAAUCCCUCUGAUCAUCCCCGGGCCAGUACCAUCUUCCUCAGCAAGUCACAAACCGAUGUUCGAGAAAAACGGAAGAGCCUUUACAUCAACCAUCAUCAUCCUGGUCCAGUGAGACGGAAGUACAGCUCAUGUUCCACCAUAUUCCUUGAUGACAGCACUGUCAGUCAGCCCAACCUCAAAUACACCAUCAAAUGUGUGGCCCUCGCAAUAUACUACCACAUAAAGAACAGAGAUGUCGACGGAAGAAUGCUGUUAGACAUUUUCGAUGAGAAACUACAUCCGCUCUCCAAGUCCGAGGUUCCUGCUGAUUAUGACAAACACGACCCUGAGCAGAAGCAGAUCUACCGCUUCGUCAGGACGCUGUUCAGUGCCGCACAGCUCACCGCUGAGUGUGCAAUUGUCACACUGGUGUAUUUGGAGAGGCUCCUGACCUACGCUGAGAUCGACAUUUGUCCUGCCAACUGGAAGCGCAUCGUGUUAGGAGCCAUCCUCCUGGCAUCCAAGGUGUGGGACGACCAGGCUGUCUGGAACGUUGACUACUGCCAAAUUCUCAAGGAUAUCACUGUGGAGGACAUGAAUGAGCUGGAGCGUCAGUUCCUGGAGCUGCUGCAGUUCAACAUCAACGUGCCGUCCAGCGUCUACGCCAAGUAUUAUUUCGACCUGCGCUCCCUGGCCGAGGCCAACAACCUCAGUCUUCCCCUGGAACCCCUCAGCAGGGACAAGGCCCAGAAACUAGAGGCCAUCUCACGGUUGUGUGACGACAAAUACAAGGACUUGAGGAAGCUAGCCAAGAAGCGGUCAGUGAGCGCAGACAACCUGAUGGUGGUGCGGUGGUGUCCAGCCAUCAUUUCCUAACACUGGCUGCUGGCAGCACGCAGCAGAGGAAUAGAUAGACCUGUCAGAUAUACUGUGUCUCUGCCUGGUAAGCAGGCAAACCAGGUGGGCAGCAGUCCUGUGGAUCAGUGGGUCUGUCUGGAAUGCACACACACACACACCCACGCACACACACACACACACAGACACACACACACACACACACACGCACACACAGUUACCCAAUCUGGCACUUUUACAAGUGUGAUUGUACCUUCUCUGUGUUGUUGUACAUAAAAGAAGUCCCACUGGCUGCCUGCACUGAACCAAACAAGGCUGAGCUGAACCAAACUGAAGUUUGUGAGUGAACGUUGUUGGGACGAAGACCGUGACUGCAGAAGAAGAGGCCAAAUGGAAAUACAGCUGGCAAAAUAAGAGACUGUGUGAAGUCUGGAAAAGCAAAUGGGAACAAGUUUAAUGUGAAAUACAACUCAUGACUGAGGCAACGGCGUUCCAUAAUUCCCUUAGAGGCUCAAGCGGCUUGUACGGUUGUUCGACGGAGGCCAUGUACAUUCCUUUAACUUUAACCCUCUGGCUCAGUCUGUUUCCUAGCUGAAGCAUGACAUCGUUUCUGACAGCUUACAGGCACGUCUAAAAUUUCCUCCGUUUAUUUCAGUGUUUUGUCGUUCUUUAUCUGUUUGUUUGCAUUCCCAUCCAGCAGAAACCUCGAGCAUAUACAACGGAGACGCAUGUACAUUCCACUGUUAACUUUAGUGUGCAUUCAAUCAAUUUGACUGGACUACAUAUCAUCGGCCCUCCUUGACAAAAUAUUCCAUUAUUCCAUCGGGAGUUCUCGUGCAGAGAGCUAACAAUGAAGAAGCAAUUCGGUGUUUAGGUCAAGGCCGCUUUGACUGCACCUGGGAAUUCCUCCUGUACAAAUCCAGUUACAGAAUGUUGUGUCUUACAGCAAGGCCGUCCGGCCACCACUCAGAUACAGCUCCUCACUUAAAGCAAUAUUCCUGCAUCACUUUGUUGUUGACAUUAAAUACAAUAAAGUACGUGUACUUGGGAGAAGACUGACUGGAAGAUGGGGGUCCACCACUCUGAGACAGAUGCGAGACAUAUUGUAGAGCUUCUGUUGUACUUUAUUCACUGCCAUUGUCCUGACCUGUGGUGCCUGUAAUAAGCUAGUUCAACACUUCUCUCCUUUCUACUGGAGAAAAAAGAACAAAUAACUGAAGUAUUUUUUCUUUGACAUUUUGUAUGGUUCUUCCAGCUUAGCAAACAGCACAAAUGGAAUAUCGACAUUUGGAAGCCACUAAAAGUAUGAUUCUUCAGGGUCGUUAUUGUCGAUGUCGCGCUGCAGAGGACCUAAAAGAAUGAAAAUUCAGCAAGCGAUGAUUCAGACGCCGCUUACAAAAAGACAGAUUGUAAACAUUUUGCUGAAUUGUCUCUGUACAGUGUAAAUACAGCGCCAGUGUGCAAAUCUGUAGACUGAAGUCGUACUGUAAAAAAAAAAGGACACGAAGAAAAGAAAAACACCAGAAUGAUGUUAGAAUAUUUAUAUUGGAUCGGUUUGUACUGUACACGAGGGGCAGAGUAUUAAGAUUUAAAUGGGAGACACCACUGAAGAUUUUUUGAUUUGAUGUUUUCGCACUGCAGAGAAUGCCAAUUUUCAUGUGUGACAGAAGUUUAUGGAAUAUAGAUAAUACAAGACAGAUUUUUUUAGCCCCACUCUGUGGAAACAUGGACAGAUUCAUAUGUUUUUGAUUAAGUACUCGUUCCUUCGGAGCCCUGAAACUGACAAAACGUAGUACAAGUUUUUAGUGUUGUUAGUUAAAUACUUAAACUAGAGCAAAGAGAAAUAGAAAGCUCUUCAUUUUUUCAACAUCUAACAUAACAUUUAACAACUACUUAGCUGGUUAAAAAAAAAAAGCAAAAAGCUUUUUAUUCUUCUUCUUUAAGACAAAUCAGCCAAUUUAAAAA